AUGCUAUGGAGUAAGGAAAAGAAAAUGCUCAAAGUGCUGAGAAAGAAUGUGUCUGUGGACAAGAUAGGCAACAUUCAAGCAGAUUGGCCUGAUGUGAUGGCGCAAGCGACCGGAUUCACAGCUGAAUGUUAUGGACAGCCAAUGGCUACAUCCAUGUCAGAAUCAAGAGUUAGUGUAUGGAAUGCUCAAAUUGGGAAGCCUGGACUAACACGUCUUCACAAGCUUGCCUCACUGCCACCAACUACAGAAGUAUUCACUGAGAAUGUCAAGAGAGCUCAUUUGCAACUCUUUCUUUGGAAGAAUGCACUGCAACUUGAUCCUCAGAAGUUGAAAUUUGGCCGCAAGACUGUCAUUGUCGUCAGCAUGUUCUUUACCACAGUAUUGAGUGUGUCGCUGACUUGGGUCACCAGCUUCUACGUCUUGAUCCCUGUAGUCAUACUGAUGACGGCGUGUUCAGGCACUCAGUAUCUGGCUAGUUUUGUCUUCGGUCUUGAAUUGGUGGGUCACUCAAAGAGAAUGUGGGCGGGAGUCGCCAUCAACUUCUUCUGGAGCGCAGGCAACAUGAUAGUCGCCCUUGCUGCCUUCCUCCUGAGAGACUGGAAGACGAGGCAGCUGGUGCUCAGUGUGCCGUCCUUCAUUUUUCUAUAUUUGUUCUUUAUACCAGAAUCUCCCAGAUGGCUACUCAGUAAAGGCAAGAACGAAAGAGCAAAGACCACAUUAGUGAAGAUAGCUGAAUCAAACCGAAUUACUAUCAGUGAACUUGAGUUGGAGAACAUCACAACAAAGGAAGAAUCCAAGAUGGAAUAUUUCUGGGAGCUCUUUAAAUCACCGACCUUAUUACGAAGAUUACUGAUCUUAUUUUUUAACUGGUAAACAUUCAAUAGGUGUCUACAGUCCUACAACGCCGCGUACAUUUAGAAGCUGAAAAAUGGGGUUGCAGAAACCGAUAGUUUAUCUUCAUUUUAAUUAUUACAUAAAUGUGAUGUUCAAACAGAUAGCUUAGUCAUUCAAUUUGAUAUGUACAUCAGUGUAUUCCAAAUAUAUAUACCAUGUACAUUGCACCUCAAAUAGAAUUACUUCUUAGGUUUGCAGUUGGAAUGUGCUUCUACGGCCUCAGCAUGAAUGUCACCAACCUUUCUGGCAACGUCUACCUCAACUUCUUCCUGUUUGUCUCUGUGGAGGCGUGCGCCUACGUUUUGUGUCUGUUCUUGUUGGAUCGAAUGGGCAGGAAGUGGAUGCUCUGUGGCUCCAUGAUAGCUGGAGGCGUGGCUUGUCUUCUAUCCUUCUUUCCAUUUCUAAUCUCAAACAAUCGUGAGUGUAAAGGUUUCACUGUUUUACCAGAGUUAAGUGUUCAGAUAAAACGUACAUGAGUGGUACGUUCUUACUGGCCCUGUAUAAUCAAUAUGUUUGUCAUCAUUAAAAGUUCAUUCCAUGUAAUCGUAAAAGAACCAAACGUUUGAAGGCUACCCAUGAAACUUUUUUUUUUAUUCAUUAUUUUUUCAAGUAGAAAAUGUUUUGCAUGCGCAGCCGUAUUGAC